AUGCACAAUGAAAUGGAAAGUUUGGAAGAUUUUCUGCCCGAGGUCCCAACAAUUUUAGAGGGCACCAGAUUUCCUUCUCCGAUUGUCCGAUGUGAUGUGAAGCUCGAGGGUAUGCCAUCACAGUGGACACGGCCUGGCAUAGAGCCCCGCUUCCCUGCGUUGCCUUUUGUCCAAUCAGAUAUGGAGGUUGCCCGUGACGUCAGGAAGUGCAGCGACUGUAAAUGGGCCAGCGCCCCCUCGGCAGCCGCCAUCGUCCUUCUUCCGAGCUGUCGGGAAGGCGAGCCCCACAUGGCUGAGCCUGGCGGUGAGACCUCUUCUGGGGAAUGCCCGGGCACGGAGGAACCCACAGCAGCGGACCCGAAGAGCCUGAGGCACGAGCAGCCAAGGCGCCAAUGCCGCCGCCGCCGCCGCCGCCGCCGCCCCAGCAGUUUCGCCACCUACUUCCCCAGGGUUCUGAAGCAGGUUCACGAGGGCCUGAGCCUCUCGCAGAAGACCGUGAGCAUCUUGGAUUCGUUCGUUAAGGACAUGCUCGAGCGUAUCGCCGACGAAGCCUCUCGCCUGGCCCGCUCCACCACGUGCUCCACCAUCACCACCAGGGAGAUCCAGACAGCCGUGCGCCUGCUGCUGCCCGGGGAGAUUGGCAAGCACGCCGAGUCCGAGGCCACCAAAGCCAUCAUCAGGUACACCGUCUGCCAGUGA